AUGAACCGCACGUUUGUUUGGUUGAAAGAAAGUGAGCUUUCCUAUUUCCAUGAAACACUUGCUCAUUCUUUCGCCCCCUACCGCAGCCAUCGCUCAAAGAGGCAGGUUGCAGCACCACGUGUGAGAAAGGAAAUUCGAGCCAUGACCGACGCUGAAAGAGUUAGAUACUUCAACGCCCUGAAUCAGCUGAAGACCGAUACGUCAUUGAGACCAAACGUGUACGACGCAUUGGCCGCUUUCGACCAAGGAGCUAAUGUCCAAAGAGCACACUUUGGUCCUGCAUUCACGGGUUGGCAUCGCCUGUAUCUGUGGAUACUCGAAACAUUUCUUCGGCAGCAGGAUCACCAAGUAACGAUUCCAUACUUGGCAUCACACCUUGACGGUGAAAUGACUACGCCCACAGGCUCCGUGUUAUUUAGCAACGCGUUCUUUGGACCUGGCUUCGGACUCCCAAUUACGGGACCAUUUAGUACCUGGCCUCAAAUUAACCCUAACACAGUGUUCACAAGAAACCUAGCAGCAGGUAUCCAGCUGUUCACGGUUGCCGGGAUAAAUGCCAUUCUUCGUCGACGUCGGAAUAGAGACAUCCUGGUUCCCAUCGCGCCAGCUGACAGUGACUUAGACAGACAGCAUGGUGGAGCGCAUGUAUUUAUUGGCGGAACAAUGAAUAAUCUGAAUUCAGCUGCCAGAGAUCCCAUAUUCUUCAGCCAUCACGCAUUUGUCAAUCAAAUUUGGGAACGUUUUCGUCUCAACCAAAGAGCCGCGGGUAUUCCAACAGCCACCGAUUACCCGUGGGAUCCGAAUGAUCAAAGAAUCCCGGCAUCACACAAUCCAAACCUAACGGCGGGAUUUACAAUCAGCCCUUUCAAUUCUCUCCGCCAGAUUGAUGGUUUCUCGGACGACUUUUUCCAACUUGUUUAG